AUGUAUGAUAUUGGUGUUGCACUAUCAUCUACAGAUAGGAAAUGUACUCAUGAUUUUUUUGGUUUAGUUAAAGAUGGAGCAUCAAUUGAUGAAAUAAAAAAUUAUAUUUAUGUUUUUAUAAAAUAUUAUGAUACAUUAAGAAAUGAUUUAUUUAAUGAACAUAGGGAAAGAUUUACAGAAAGGAUGAAAAAUCCCAAAAGAUUAGAAAUUUGA